AUGCAAGGUGCCGGGGAGAUGUCGGGGCCCGGAGAAUCACCGGACCCGGAAGACGCAUUGCUGGCGACCAUCCUGGAAACUGGCGGGACGGGGAUUGUCGAGGACUACAUCUGCAACUCGCUUGUGAAGGAGCAGUGGGACGAGGGACAGACACACCGUAUGAAGGAGAUGUACAGGCGCGAGAUGCAGGAGGUGUUGGGCCCGGAACAGCAGGCGUUCGGGGCCGAGGUCGACGCCAGCGGGUCUUCGCAACCACUCCCAGACCCACAGCUAAGGCCGAAGAGAGAUGACGAGCCCGCGGUGGAUAAGCCUGUGAGGGAGGCGAUCGGAUGUCUGAUGUGGACGAAGCUGACGAGGCUAGACAUCGCAGUGCCUCGGAACAAGCUCCAGAAGAUCGCCCACUCAUCCACCAGGAGGAUAUGGAACGCGCUUGUGCGGAUCAUGUCCUACCUGAACUUCACGAAGAACUUCGGCAUCACCUACGUACGGGGGUCAGGACUAGACCUAAGCGUGUUUGUCGAUGCCAGCUACGCUGACAACGAAGAAGACAGGCGUUCUACGACCGGGCUAGCUGGCGUGAAGGAGGCGUUGUUUGUGCGUGGUGUUCUGUCGUUCAUAGCACCCGAGACGAGUGGGGCGAAGAUCAAGGUCCUUGAGGACAACAAGGGGGCUCUCGCCUUAAUCGAGAACCCGUUCAGCUCAGCGAGGAGCAAGCACAUCGACGUGCGGUUCCACUUAAUUCUCGAGCUAUUCAAGUCGGGCAAGAUCACUGCAGAGUAUGUUCCGACUGGAGAGCAGCACGCCGACAUGCUGACCAAGGUCCUUGGCAGAGAGAAGUUAGAGUACCACCGGAAGGCUCUGAUAAACCUACCGAUGUAG